GUGCCGCUAUGGUCACAUUUAAUUUUCCCGCUCACUGUUUUUGUCAAUUGGUUUUUGUUUACAUCCAGAAAAAUGGAGUUCAUGGAGGUGGAUGAGAAUACUCCGCAGCUCUACGUACGCACGCCGGAGGACGUAAAGGCCAUAGUGAAACACGCCAAACUGGACGAGCGCCAACUGACCCAACUCACCCAGGCUCUGUACUUCCCCUCGGCGGACGUCGACUCCGACAACCUGCGGCUCCUCGAGCUGGACGGGCACAUGCUGGAACAGAUCCGGGAUGGCCAGACGCUCCACUUCAAGGGCGGCCAGAAUGAGAAGGUGGUGCUCUGCACUGACGAGCGAACCUACGACGUGAAGGGUGCCGAGAUCUCCAACAGCCUGCUUCUAGUGCAGGACCUUAAGUUCGCCGCCGCCACCAGCACUUCGCCACUGAAGAGUCCGCGCACUGGCAACGCGAACGCGUCCCUGGAGCGGAGCCUUAACGACAGCACGGAGGACGAGCUGGAGGUUCCGCGGACGCUAGAGCAGCGACGGGUGCUCAAGGUGUUCCAUGAGUACUUCGAGUGCCGCGAGAUAAAGCCGCGCUUUCGCAAGCUUGGGGAGCUUCUGCACCUGACUCGCUAUUCGGGCCCGGAAAACGAAUUCUGCGUCGAGCAAAAGCUGCUCUUCACCUUGUCCCAACUCCUGGACACAGUGCAGUGCAGCAGGGCACAGUUCAUGGAGGGAUUGAACCACUAUCGAGCCAUGGAGCUGGACGGACGGAUGCGCGUGAUGGAGUACGAAUACGAGUACCGCAUCAUUAGCCUGAUGCUGGGAGUGAUCAGCGAGAACUCCUGGGCUCUGGACGAAGUGGAGAGGGACGAAACCAUCGAUGCCUUGCAGGGCAUCGCUCCUGAGGCUGUUGUGGCCGGGCUCUUCGACCUUUAUACCACUCCCAGCGAACGUUGUCCGGGAAAGUUUGAGUACAAUGAAUCACUGGUUGCCAGAAUUGUGGCACAGAACAUUCUUCAGCCAGGCUUGCGAUUCCGCAACGAGGAAUUUAUGCGCACAUGGCAGGAGGCGUUACCCGAGGGCAUGUCCUGCCAGUUAAAGUAUCUUCGUGGUCUGGGUAUCUGCGACAAGGAGGGAGCUCAGCCUUGCAUCCGUUCGCUGGCCGAGGAGCAGCUGCCCACCAACAUCAAUGAUCGCAUGAAGGCCUUGUUUAAAACCAAGCAAAGAUGGACUAUGGAGGAAAUGGAGCCAUACAUAGAAUGCUUUACCACCCCCACCUUGUCCGUAUCCACGUUGCUGGCCAAGCAUGCCCGUUCAUUAACAGAUGGCGGUGUGCGAUACUUUGUCUCAAAGCAUUGAGCGAAUCAUUCCUAAAUGUUUUAACUAUUUUAUCCUUUAUUUAAUAAAAAUAGUUUUAGUUUGUCCUAGGCAU